AUGACCCGUAGCCAGUCAGGAGUUUUACUGCCGUUGAAUCCAGAGAUUGAUCGCACCUGUCGCCAGCUCUGGAGACAACAGCGAGCUAGACUGGCUACGGAAGAGCGCAUAGACGGCCACCUGAGUAGCGAUUCUGAAGAAGAGCACGAGAUGGAUGGAGACUACAAUCAACACCAGGGGAAUCCGCAGCAGGUUCCCCCGGUGAAUCAGGUCCUGGGGAACAACCCCAUACCCCAGGAUCAUGGGGUUCAACAUCCACCGCAGCCGGGUCCCAACUUGGAGUACUACUACACUCCUCGGAUUGCUGACAUCCGCCCGGUCAUCCUCUACCCGCCUAUUCCAGCAAAUAACUUCGAGAUCAAGCCAUGCUGGAUUCAGCUCAUUACAUCCUCUAUCCAGUUCCAUGGCUUGAAGGAUGAGGAGGCCAGGGUGCAUCUUUCCCGUUUUCUGCAGCUGACGAACGGGUUCAAGCUUAAUGGUGUCCCGGAUGAUGCAAUCCGCCUUCAUCUCUUCCCCCAUUCUCUGGCGGGGAAUGUUAAGAGGUGGUUGGAGACCCAGCCCCCAUUGUCCAUCACCUCUUGGGACGAUCUGGCUGACAAAUUCGUGCACAGGUACUAUCCGGCAUCGAAGACUACCGAGAUACAGCGGGAGAUCACUCACUUCCGCCAAGAGCCAGAUGAGUCACUUCGUGAUGCAUGGGAGUGGUACAUGGGAUAUUUCUGGCAGUGUCCCCAUCAUGGCUUUAGUGAUGUAUUCACAGUGGGGAACUUCUACAGUGCUCUCUCUCUAGACAGCCAGAGGGUGAUUGAGUCUCUAUGCCCAGGAGGGGAUGUUCUUACUAAGACUCCACCAGAACUGAACCAGAUGAUUAAUACUUUGGCUGCCAGAGAUCAUUCCUGGGGUCAGGGUAGCCGAGGCAGACAGUCCCGGGACCGUGGUGUGCACGCCAUGGAGACCUGA